AAGCCUGUGAGAAGGAUACCACCUCAAAAGCCUGUGAAAAGGAUACCACCUUGUUGAAAUCAUAACCAUAUCCCAUAUGUCUCAAAAUUCUUGUCUUGAAUAAUCAAUGAAAUAUACUCACCAUGGCCAAACAACAUAAUUCUAAUGAUCCUACUUUGGCUUUAUAAACCUAAAAGAGAAUAGAAAAGAGUACUGUGCAACUUUUUAUAGCAGAAAGCGAUGAUAAACUUAUGUUCCAAAAGGAUAUAACCAUAAAAAAGAAAGGAUGGGAUUUCUAUGGUUGAAACUGUUGUUUAGAGCCAAUAAACAAAAAGUUACGCGGUAACUUUGUAUUGUGGAUAUAGGAUGAGAAUAUUGAUUCGUUUUUAUGUCAAAAAAGAAUAGGUAGCCAACCACUUUGCUGUUCUAUACAUAUAGGAUUCCCCAUUUUGAUAUAAAUAAUUUAAAGAAUUUCGAUCUUAGUACUUUGUGCGCUUUUAUAUUUUCUUUAAUAUAUAUUUUCGCGUUCGUCUUGAAGGGUUUAUCUUAUCUAUUCUUGAGAUUGAAAAAUGCUGUCCUCAUGGAAGCUUAGGCACUUUGCCAUUCCUGCAGGCCUUGCAUUUCUUAAUCUUCCAUCAUCAGUCUGUUCAUCUCAAGAACGUGCAGAAAUUGAUAACAGACACACGAGCAACGAAUACAAGAUUCAUGAGGUAAUUUUUUUGUUUAACAACUGUAAAAAUUCUUGAUGAAUUUAAGUAUUCUGUGUCUUCAGUUGCAGAUAAAUCCUCAACUAUUAUUUGAGAUUAAACUCCAUGGAUUCCUCCUUCGGGCUUUGAUUGGUUUUCUAAUGCCGGUUGGUAUACUUGUAAUGAGGAAGUCGAAUGGAGAAGAAUCAAUACAAAAGGCAAAGGAUCGUAUUCUACAUUCAUGUUAUUACAGAGAUUAUAGCAGUCCUUCUUGCAACUGUAGCAGCAGUAUUGUCAUUAAAAUACUUGGACAACUCUCUCAAUAAUCUUCACCAGAGAGUAGGCUUAGCCCUUUAUGGUGGCAUAUGGCUGCAAGCCUUAAUUGGCAUCUUAAGGCCACAUAGGGAAAGGAAAGGAAGAAACAUUUGGAAUAUUUUUCACUGGUUACUAGGGAUUGGAGUAUCUUUUCAUGGAGUGAUCAAUAUAUACACAGGUUUACAAGCCUACCAUGAAAAAACAUCAAAAAGUGCAAGGAUUUGGACAAUUAUUUUUAUUGCUCAAAUUUGUCUCACAAUCUUCUUGUACCUUCUCCAAGAAAAAAGGUAUUACAUACAAAAUCAAGGGGUGAUUUUAGUAGUACAACCAACUGAUCAAGAACUGUCUCCAAGAAAUAAGCAAAGAGAAACACCACCACAGAAUUGUCGAGGACUUGGAUGAAACAAAAAGCGAACUUUUUGUACUCUUUUUUGACAUUGGAUUCUUUCUAACCUUCUUCUGCUUUUGCACCAUUGCAGUAUAAUGAGAGAUGAGAUUUUGUUUUCUGUUUGUGUAUUUUCUCCCCUUGUACUCUCUAAAUGUGAACUGAUAAUUGAAGGAAGUUAUUGAUAAUUU